AUGGAUUUUAAUAAAAUUGUUAAAAAAGAAGAUGAAACGGUUUCGUAUACACAACUACAACCGUGGAGUUCGUUUCUAGCUUCUCCUUGCAUGGAACAAAUUUCUGGUGAUCCAGUACCAAAAAAAAUUGGAGAAUUUUAUAAAACACCACGACCACAUCCAUGGAGACCAACUUUGGGUUAUGAGAACAUCGAAUUAAAUUCCCUUCCAUCCAAGACGAUGACAAACGAACUCGUCGACGCUUGUUAUUCUUCAAAAGGAAUUUUGACGGAACCAUUGAAAUUUCCAAAUUUAAUUACUGGCUUCGAUCGAAAUUCCACACACGCUGCUAAAGCUGCUUUAUAUACAAGAUACACCCCUUACGAAUGGGUUCAAAAUCAAAUUCAAUUGUACAAUGAGGCCGAUUCGAAUAGGCAAUAUUCUUCAAAUUUGAGAAAAGACACCGAGCAUUUAAUCCGUAAGGCAAAGGAAAAAGUUGAAGAAGAUCAAAAAGAAUCUGACCGAAAACUUGGAGAACGAAUCGUCGAUAUUGGAUUUUGGAGAAAUGAAAUUACAUCCGAAUUGGAGCGUCUUCUUGAUGAGAAUAAAAAAAUGCGAGAAUGUUUUCAAAAUUUAGAAGAAGCGAUUAAAAAUAACAGUCAACCAUUGAACAUUACUCAAGAAUGUUUAUAUCAAAGAGAAAAUAGAAUAGGUUCGGAAUUAGUACACGAUGAGACGGAACAAGCUUUACUGAAGGAAAUCCAAACAUUUCGAAAUUGUCAAAAGAAACUAAAAGAAUACAUCGAGAAAUGCAAAAAUCAACUUAAAAAUGGAAGAGCUUCUCAAAAUGAACUUGAAAUUGACAUAAAAAAUAAGGAGACUGCACUUGGAAUAGACACAAUGUGUCAUAAAUUAAAUAAUUAUAGUAACGGUCUUCAAUAUUUCGGUGGCAUUGAAAAAUACAACAAUAAUAUUAUGAAUGCUCAAAAUUGGGCGGAAUAUUCCGAAAAUAUUGUGAAAAAAUCCCAGAUGGAAAGAUCGAGAUCGAGUCAAUUACGAACAAACAUUGAGGGAACAAUAAAUUCCGUUCUCCAAGAAACUUGGAAUUCAUGGAGUAAUUCUAAUAAUGCAUUUACCAGAAGAAUAACGGAACUAAUUGACGCUAAAUGCAAAAUACAAAAUCACUUGAAUAAAAUACAAGAAGAAAUUUUCCACAUCGAGAAGAACAUUGAUUCAAUGAAAAAGUCAAUAAUCGACAAAAGUUUGUCGCUAAAAGUCGCGCACACAAGAUUAGAAGCGAGAACUCAUCGACCACAGGCCGAAUUAUGCGAAGACUACGCCUACUCAAGAAUAGUUGACGAAAUAAAUACAAUCAAUUCAUUGGUAAAUGAAAUACAUCUGAAAUUACAACAAAAUGAAGCCCAACAUCAACAAUUGUUGAAAACAAGAAAUAAUCUACAAGAAGAUCUUAAAUUCAAAACCGACGCUCUCUUCAUCGAUAGAGAAAAAUGUAUGGGCCUAAGAAGAAGUUAUCCAAUCACUAAACCCUUUUCAUACUAAUUAUUUUUUAAUACAAUUUCUUUCUUUUUUUACUAUAAAUUUGAAAAUAAAUAAAUUUUUCUAUUUUCAUUUAAAAAUAAAUUAAUUUUUCUAUUUUCAGUUAAA